GCAAACAGAGAGCAACAGAAUGUGUGCAUGGACAGCUGUGUGUGUGGCUGUGGUCUUGUCUCUCAAUGCUCGAGAUGUGUCAGCGCAGUUAAAUGUUUGUGGACAGGCACCCCUCAAUGACCGUAUUAUGGGUGGGCAGGACGCAAAAGCAGGCGCAUGGCCAUGGCAGGCCAGCCUACACCGCGGUGCUCACUUCUGUGGGGGGUCCCUCAUCGACAAGGACUGGGUGAUGACGGCUGCACACUGCUUCGACAGCACCUAUGGCCUGGUCGUCUACCUGGGCCGACAGAAUCAGCAAAGCUCAGCUAACCCUAAUAUGGUUUCCAGGGGAGUUCUAAAUAUAAUCAAACAUCCCAGUUACAUUUCCGAGACCCAUGAUAAUGACAUCGCCCUCCUCCGUCUGUCCUCCUCCGUCACCUUCACCAACUACAUCCGCCCUGUCUGCCUGGCAGCAGCUGGCAGCACCUUCGACUCUGGCGCCAAAACAUGGAUCACCGGAUGGGGACACACCGCAAUGGUCCCUCUGCCCUAUCCAGGGACACUGCAGCAGGUGCAAAUUCCAGUGGUGGCAUCGUCAGACUGCCGUACGGCUUACCACCCAAUUGCUAUCACUGACAAUAUGAUUUGUGCUGGAUUACUAGGACAGGGAGGCAAGGACUCAUGCCAGGGAGACUCCGGUGGUCCAAUGGUGGUUAUGCAGGACUCUGUAUGGGUCCAGGCGGGGAUCGUGAGUUUCGGCGUCGGCUGUGGCGAGGUGGAAUUCCCUGGAGUAAACGUCCGCGUCUCCCAGUAUGAAAGCUGGAUCAACUCCACAAUCACCACAGAGCAUCCAGGCAGUGGAGCCGGCAGUGCUGGAGGGGCCCCCAACCUCCUCACAGGGCUCCUCACCCUCUCGCUCUACCUCCUCAUCUCUGCCUGA